GUUCAUAAUAAUUGUUUUGUAAUCGUUUCAAAGAUGUCCCGGCAACACGAGUAGUGUGUACGUCGCAGACGAGCAGCCGACGGACGGAAGAGUCCGCCCGAAAUCCUUCCACCCGCAUUCACUCCGCACGCCAAGACAAUGGCGAAACUAACAGUCCUUUACGAGCAUGCCACCGGCUUCACACUGUUUAAAGUAAAAGAAUUUGAAGAAAUAGGUUCAGAAUUAUCAGAAGUUGAAAAAUCUGUUCGCGACUUGCAGCGUUUCACCAAAAUCAUUGAGCUUUUGGCAUUUGCUCCUUUCAAAACGUCAGUUGACGCAUUGGAAUCCAUCAACAGCAUCUCUGAAGGUGUAUUGCCGGAGAGUCUGCAAAUAUUUUUAGAAACCAAUGUACCUAAAGUGGGUAAAUUGUCAAAAGUCACUUUGGGAGUCGCUGAUGGAAAAUUGGGCGCGAGCAUUAAUGAAAAACUCGGGCUCAAGAUACAACAUACUGGAUUUGUGCUCGAGAUAUUGAGAGGUAUUAGAUACCACUUCCCAUCUCUCAUGAAAGGAUUUGCGCCAAAAUUGGAAGGUAUUGCUCAAUUGGGUUUAGGUCACAGCUAUUCUAGAGCUAAAGUAAAGUUCAAUGUCAAUAAAGUAGAUAACAUGAUCAUACACAGUGUUUCAUUGCUUGAUCAGUUAGACAAAGAUCUGAACACUUACUCGAUGCGUAUCAGAGAAUGGUACUCCUACCAUUUCCCAGAACUUUACAAGAUUGUACCUGAGAACUAUUUGUACGCUAAAGUAGUGAAGUAUGUUGGUGAUCGUAAGCAACUUACUGAAGAAAAAAUGGAGGGUCUUGAAGAGAUCAUAAUGGAUGCAGGGAAAGCAGCAGCGAUCUUGAGUGCUGCCAAAUCAUCGAUGGGCAUGGAUAUUUCUCCGGUUGAUCUAACAAAUGUAUUGAUGUUUACCAACCGUGUCGUAUCAUUAUCCGAGUACAGAAAAAGUCUAUCAGAGUAUUUGAAAAACAAAAUGGGGACUGUUGCACCUAACAUGGCUGCUCUAAUUGGGGAACAAGUAGGGGCUAGACUUAUUUCAAAAGCUGGUUCAUUGACAAAUUUAGCUAAAUGUCCUGCAUCUACCGUUCAAAUUUUGGGUGCAGAAAAAGCCCUUUUCAGAGCAAUGAAGACCAAAACAAGCACUCCUAAAUAUGGUCUCAUAUAUCAUUCAACAUUCAUUGGCCGUGCCGGCAGGCAGUUUAAAGGACGUGCCUCUCGUUUUCUUUCAAAUAAAUUGAGCAUUGCUAGCCGAAUUGAUGCCUUUUCUGAUAAUCCAUGUAAUAUCUUUGGACAGAAAAUGAAACAACAAUGUGAGGAUAGACUUAAAUAUUUUGAGACUGGUGAAAAACCUCCCAAAAACGUUGAUGUUAUGCAUGAUGCUCUCCAAGAAUCGCUUGUCUUGCAACAACAGAACGAAAGUCUGAAUACGAGUGUCAAACGGAAGAAGUCCAAGAAGGAGAAAAAAUCAAAAAAGUCUAAGGGUGAAGAAAAAGAAAAUGGAGAAUAAUUGUUUUGUAUUUUUUAACAACAACUUUUUUUACACUUAAAUAAAAGUUAAUUUGACUAAUAAUUUAA